GUCAUCCUGCCCGUGCUGAAGGUUUAUUUUGGCUUCUGCUGCUUCUCAGCCGCCGCCAUUAUAGAAAUUGGCGAAACACUACUGUGGAAAAAAUGGGUAUUUAAAUUGUGAAGAAUCCGAAUACAACACGACAUAAAGGGGGGGGAAGGUAGGGGGGGGGGAAGGUUGUAGGGGUCUCAUGGUCUUGUGAGCGGAAAGAGGCCGAGGACGGGAAUUGAUUGGAAACAUGUAAACGGGGGGGGGUUUCGGAAAUUACCGGAGUAAAUUGGGAUUUGAGGGAAGCUCGAGAGCUCGGUGCUCGGGACGAUUUGAGAAGAGCAGGGCUGGGGGCGACCGGGUUGGGAGCGAACGGGGGGCUCGGCACCGACGGCUCUAGAAGAACCGCGGGGCUCGUGGCUGGCAGCUCGAGCGCGAGCGAGCGAGCGAGAAAAAGAGAGCGCGAGGAGCGCAGCUCGCGGAGCGCGGUGGGACUGCCGUUGGGCGCUGGAGACAGGAGCAUAAAGACAGGAAAAGCUGCUAGCUUCCUGCUUUGUCUCCUUGAGGAACAGCUGGUCAACAAUGACAGAGCGAGGGCUGAAAUGGGCCUGUGAGUACUGCACAUACGAGAACUGGCCGUCAGCAAUUAAGUGCACCAUGUGUCGUGCCCAGAGGCCCAGCGGGACCAUCAUCACUGAGGACCCCUUCAAGAGCGGGUCCAGCCUGGAUGCAGGUCGUGAGUGGGAUGCACCAUUCUUGGAGGGCGGGGGUGCCCUGCUCAUCUGCCCUGACUCAAGCGCACGGCCCCGUGUUAAGCCCACCAGCCCAUCUGAGGCAGUCAGCAAGUGGUCCUGCCAGAUGUGCACCUACUUGAACUGGCCACGUGCAGUACGCUGUACUCAGUGCCUGUGCCAGCGCCAGCGGGCCCGCAGUCCUGCCGAGGCGCCCCAGUCUUCGGGUUCUGGUGGCCGUCCCAUACCUCCGCCCCCACCGGUUGACCCUUGCGAGGAGUACAACGAUCGCAACCGGCUGAACACUCGUGCACAGCGCUGGGCAUGUGCUGCCUGCACCUAUGAGAACUGGCCCAAGACACGCAGAUGUGUGGUAUGUGACCACCCGAGGCCCAGCAGCCCGGAAGCCAUUGAGCUGGCAGAGUCUGAGGAGCCAUCACCUGUCAUCAAUGAACAGGACCGAGCCCACUGGAGGAGCAGCUGCAGUGGGGGGCAGAGAAGGUCCCCCCCAACCUCCAAGAGGGAGUCGGAAGUUAAAAUGGACUUCCAGCGGAUUGAGCUGGCAGCUGGGGCAGUUGGAAGCAAAGAAGAGCUUGAGGUGGACUUCAAAAAACUAAAGCAGAUCAAAAACAGAAUGAGGAAAACAGAUUGGCUUUUUCUGAAUGCUUGUGCUGGUGUGGUGGAAGGGGAUCUGUCUGCAGUGGAGGCCUACAAAUCCUCCGGGGGGGAUAUUGCGCGACAGCUCACAGCUGAUGAGGUGCGCCUCCUGAAUCGACCCUCUGCUUUUGAUGAUGGAUUCACCCUAGUUCACUUGGCUAUCCGUUUCCAACGGCAGGAUAUGCUAGCCAUUCUCCUUACAGAGCAGGUCUCCCAGCAGGCGGCAAAGUGCAUCCCAGCUAUGGUAUGCCCAGAGCUAACAGAGCAGAUUCGCCGGGAGGUGGCCGCCUCCCUACACCAGCGCAAAGGAGAUUUUGCCUGUUAUUUCCUCACAGAUCUUGUUACCUUCACUCUACCUGCAGAUAUCGAGGACUUGCCUCCAUCAGUUCAAGAAAAGCUGUUUGAUGAGGUAUUAGACCGGGAUGUGCAGAAAGAGCUGGAAGAGGAGUCUCCAAUUAUAAAUUGGUCGCUGGAGUUGGGCACGCGGCUGGACAGUCGUCUGUACGCAUUGUGGAACCGUACGGCAGGUGACUGCCUCCUGGAUUCGGUGCUGCAGGCCACCUGGGGCAUUUAUGACAAAGACUCGGUUCUUCGCAAGACUCUACAUGACAGCCUGCAUGACUGCUCGCACUGGUUCUACACACGGUGGAAGGAGUGGGAGUCAUGGUACUCCCAGAGCUUUGGCCUACACUUCUCUUUGAGGGAGGAGCAGUGGCAGGAGGACUGGGCUUUUAUCCUCUCACUGGCCAGUCAGCCUGGAGCGAGCUUGGAACAGACCCACAUCUUUGUUCUUGCACACAUUCUUCGUAGACCAAUCAUAGUUUAUGGAGUGAAGUAUUACAAGAGUUUCCGUGGCGAAACAUUAGGAUACACUCGUUUCCAAGGUGUGUACUUGCCUUUGCUGUGGGAGCAGAGCUUUUGCUGGAAAAGCCCUAUUGCCCUUGGGUACACGCGUGGCCACUUCUCUGCACUGGUGGCUAUGGAGAAUGAUGGCUAUGACAAUCGGGGCGCAGGCGCCAACCUCAACACUGAUGAUGACGUCACUGUCACCUUCCUGCCGUUGGUGGACAGCGAAAGGAAGUUAUUGCAUGUGCACUUCUUGUCAGCACAGGAGAUGGGGAAUGAAGAGCAACAGGAAAAGCUUUUGCGGGAGUGGCUGGACUGCUGUGUUACAGAGGGAGGUGUUCUGGUGGCGAUGCAAAAAAGCUCCCGUCGACGGAACCACCCACUUGUUACGCAGAUGGUGGAGAAAUGGCUGGAUGGCUAUCGUCAGAUCAGGCCUUGCACCUCGUUGUCCGAUGGUGAGGAUGAUGAUGAUGAUGAGGAUGAAUGAUAAGUCUGCAGGAUCAAGGAACAUCCUCUGAGUCCUGCUGACCUGAUCAGGCAAAACAGAGGGAAGCGCCUUUGUUGACACCAUGGGGAUGAGGGUUGGACAUUUCACCAUCAUUUUGAAAGGAAAGGAAGGAAGGUGUUCUUGUGGUAGUUUAAACACCUAAAAUACAACCAUAAAAAAUAAAGGAAAAAUUAAAGACUGAAGGGCCUCUUCUUUGCUGCGAAACUGAACUGGUAUGGGUUCAAAUAAGAUUAGUUUACAGAAAAGUAAGAAUCUUGAAUUUUUCUUUCUCCCCAUAUGUACAUCUUUUUCCAUAAAUGUAAUGCAUGUGGUUGUUCAACAAAAUAUUUAAUAGAAGAAAUACCAGCAAUGAAAAACAAACUUUAUAUUGGUUUAUCAUGAGCACUUAUAUAAAAGCACAUUUUGAAUUGCUUGCCUGUGAACCCCUCAUCUUGUCCUCCCUGUGGAUGUUAAAGAUGUUGGGUGACUUGUUGGAAAAGGGGGUGGAUAAGCCAAUUAUGUGGCCCCUUUACAUUUACUUUUACACCGGAGAGUAUAUUUAGGAAAUUGUUUAAUACAAACACUAAUUAGUAUGCACUUAAAUAAACAGGAAGAGUUGCCUGAUCAACAUUGUAUUGUGGUAAGAAACAGAAAUUUCAUUUCAAUGCAAAGGUGGUGUCUUUUUAGGAGAGUUUGUGUUCAUUGUUAUUCCUCAUUGUUUACCCUUUUGGAAGCUUUUUUAAAAAAGUCUGACCUAUUUAUUUUGGCAAGGUGGCACCCUACUUAUUUCUCCCUUUUUGGUCUUUUUUUUUUUUUUUUUUUUUGUCUGGUUACCUGUACAUUCAUUAUUGGAAGAAGUUGCACAGAAAAGUUGCUGUGAGAGGGGAAUAUUG